AUGUCAGAGAAAAAGCAGCCGGUAGACCUGAGUCUCUUGGAGGAAGACAACGAGUUCAGGGAGUUCCCUGAGGAAGACUGGGCUGGCUUAGAUGAAGAUGAGGAUCCACAUGUCUGGGAGGAUGAUUGGGAUGAUGACAACGUAGAUGAUGACUUCUCCAGUCAAUUAGGAGCUGGACUACAGAAACAUGGGCAUGAGAUGGAGACCUCAUAG